GUGUCGAUCGUCCAGACGAUCUGGAGCACUGUGGGACCUGAACCUCCUGAACCGGCUGUUACAGAUCAAAGACCCAAAGAGCUCGGACAAACAGAAACUUUAAACCAUGAACAACAGACUGGACCAAAGAGGAGGAGGAGGAGGUGGAGCAGGUGCAGGAGCAGGAGGAGGAGGAGGAGGAGGAGAAAGGGAGUUCUUCCUCAGCACUCACCGCUGCCCUGAAGUCGACCUGCUGCCACAUCACAGCUGUCAGACACAGAUUCCUCCACCAUGUUCAGUAGUUCCUGCAGAGACAAGCCGUGAUGUCACCUGUCGAGGUCAGUCUGAGGAAAAUUACCUGGACAUCUCCUCCACCUGCCACUCUAAAGAAGAGGAGGAAGAAGAAAAGGAGGUAAAGGUGGAGGAGGAUGAAGAGGGGAGCGUCAGCGACUGGUCGGAGGAAGAUCUCUCCCUCCACUUCUCUCCGUCUGUCAUCAUCCUGUCAGACGAGGAAGAGUCCGAUCCAGAAAGCGGCUUCGAGUGUAUCGACGUCACCAUGGAAACACAGGUAAAAGGUUCAGAGGGGGAGGGGCAAAAGAUGGUCCCAAAACGACUGAUUCAACUGAAGAAGAAAAACAACAACGCUGAAAACAACACUGAGAAACUGCAGGUGAUACUGAAGGAUGGACCUGCUGAAGGGGGAGGAGCUUACAGUGAGGUGUCAGCCAAUGAAUUGCUCUGUCCUACCAUCCAUCACUGCCCUGACCUGUUGCUACGGCAACACAGUAUGCCCGCCUCCCUCCACACGCACUCGACCACCAGCAGUGACGUUGAAAGCUACAGGGUCUACAGGGGCCUGGUGGGAGGGGCCAGUCCAGGAUUUGCUGACGGAGAUGUUGGAAUGUCGGCGCCGAGGCAGCGACUGCAGAAGUCAUUCUCUUUGGAUGAAACCAAAACAAAAAUGGCGUCCUGCAUCAUUAAGAGCGUUCUGUCAAAGAAGAUGCAGGUGGAGCAGAACACCUGGAGAACCUCCGACCUUCAGAAGAAACCUGAGAUGGGCCUCCAUCAGCAGGGGAGGGAGGGGGGAGGAGGAGGUGUGUCUAAAGCUCCAGUUCACGUGGUCAGAGAUGUGAGGAGUUUACUUAAAAACACCUACAGCCUGUCAUUCUCCACAACAACAACACAUGACAAUAACAACCAGACAUCAAGUUUCAAGUUGAUCACUCAGCAGGACAGCCCCCCCCCCACCUACCAGCAGGCGGUGGGGGUCAAAGGUUCACUGAAUGCCCGAGGACAUGUCACCAAGGUUACUGCAGCUCUCAGCCAAUCACAGGACAGGGAUCAGAGCAACAGACUCAGUCAACAAAGACGCAGCAGCGAGCCAAUGAAAAGAGAGGCGGAUGAUGUCACCUGGCCUGUCAGCAGCGACCAAUCAGGGAGAACCGGAGGUGUGAGUCACCAGGCUGGGACCUCCCUCCCCCCCUCAGUGUUUGUUCCGCCCCCUCCUCCCUCCUCCAUCAGACACCCCCAGGGGACCAAGCCUCCACCCUCCACCCAGGAUCAGGAUCUGGUCCUGGGGUUGGUGUCUCAGUCUGCCCCAAAAACCUCGCACCAGAUCCUACACCCAUGUUUCUACACCCCCUCCGCCCUGCCGGUUCCCCCCCCCACCCUGCAGCCCCCCUCUGCCCUGCCAGUCUUCACCCCCACCCUGCAGCCUUUCUCUGCCCUGCCGGUCUUCGCUCCCACCCUGCAGCCCCACCCGGAGAGGGUGAGCUUCAUCCAGACCAAGCUGCGGGCGGUUCCUCCGCUUCGCCUACUGAAGAGGUCUGAGGAGAACUGGUUGACUGGGAGCACCUCCGACCACCUGGACGCCUUCAUCAGGACCAGGACUGCAAGAGACCAUGACAACAACAGCAACACAGUGACACCUGCAACACAGGAGCAACAUGAGCAACACAAGCAACACAAGCAACAUGAGCAACAGCAACCUCAACAGCAACUUCAGCAGCAGCAGUUUCUGUGCAGCCUUCAGGGUUUCUUACCUGCACAGGUGGGCAGUGACUUCCUCAUCGAAAUCCCAGGUGCUGUUGCAGCACCUAGGGCCCUCCUCAGUAGUCCUGCCCCCCAUGGUGGUCCCGCCCCCAUACACAUGAUGCUAGAACCGAAAAGUGGGCGGUACUUCUACGUGGAUGCGCCCCCACCACCUCAGAGGAAAAUGCUGCUGGAUCCAGAAACUGGUCAGUACAUCCAGGUGUUCCUACCUGCAGCCAGAUCCGCCCCCAACACCGGCGUGUUCCCAGUGCGUUGUGCAAACUCCACCCCCACUGUGAUGCACGUUGCCCCCGCCAUGGUAAACCCCUCCCCCACCAUCCUGUCAGUGAUGCAGUUCCAGCCGACGGUUGCCAUCUCCUCUCUGUACGCACCACCCUGCCUCCCAUCCACACUGCACCGACCAUCAGUGAACUUCACCCAUACAGCACCGUGAUGACAUCAUCAUCUCCAUGCAGAUCAAACUUCCUGUUUUUAGAGUUCAGUAAAAAUCACGACAUCAUUAACAAACUGUAAAUCAUAAACAAACAACAACAAAUAAACAUGAUUGUUGAACUGAGUCUGCGCAAUAUCACUUUCAGUGUGAUUAUUAAUUAUCAAUUAUCGAUUAUUGAUAAUUGAUAAUUGGUUACAGAUGUAUCUGUCAUCAUGACAUCAUUUCACCUUAGACUGUUUUUGGGUUGUUGUUUGAUUUUAUUUUUGGAAGUUGAUGACCUGAAACCAAAAACUCACAAAGAAGAGAUCAAUUCAUUUAUUUUAUUUUUGCAUUGUGAAACAACAUGGAAUAAUCACAUUGUUAAAAAAUGAAAACAAUCACACAAAAACAAUAUUAUAUUAUACAAUAAUACAAAAUUAAUAUAGCUUAAACUUUAAGAACCAGAAACACAAAUACAAACAACAAUGUGACAUCAUACAAUUAUUUAUUUAUUGAUUUAUUUACGUUCAUGAUUUUUAUUAAUAAAUCAAAAAAUAAUGUGCUGUCAGUUUAGUGUGCUGCAGGGCUCCAUACUGGGAACCAGUUUAUUUUCAGUACUGGAAAUUUUACUGUUUGGAAAACACUACACGUGUCUCAGUUACAGUGACAGAAAAUAGUUUUAAUAUUUUAUAUUUCCUGUUUUUUGUUUCUUUAUUCGAAUGAAAUGUUUGAUCAAGAUUAAACUUUUGAUCUCAUGUUUUAAUCUUUUGAUCUCAUGUUUUUUUAACUUUUGAUCUCAUGUUUUUUUAACUUUUGAUCUCAUGUUUUUAACUUUUGAUCUCAUGUUUUUUUAAAUUUUGAUCUCAUGUUUUUAACUUUUGAUCUCGUUUUUUUUUAA